AAGCUCGCUCAGCGCACACGGUGAAGAUGUGCAGGAUCACCAAUCCCGCGCUCUCUCACCGAAAUCUCGGUAAUCGCCGGCCACGCCCAAUAUCGCACCCCCGUUCCUCGGCCGUACCUGUCUCCCCUCCUCGCAGCAACCCAGCGCUGCUGCGUCGCAACCGCGGGGCGCCCCUUUCCAUUGUGCACUCGGCGGCGCCACACAACGCGGCCACGUGCAGAAUUACGGGUCUGAGGUAUGGCCCUAGACACCCCCCAAGACAAGCGGUGCGCCUAUCCUGUCGCGAAGUGUCAGACUCCCGCAGCGCGUCCCUCCAUUGUCAAUGUAAUGCGCCUCUUGUCCUGCGUAUCUGCACCCUCGAUCACUAGCGAUGUGCCUGCAUAAUUCGCAGCGUGGUCGACGUCUUUGGGUGGAUGAGAAGUACGGGAAGUAGGGAAGUACGCUGGGGAGCAGGCGCUCUGGCUCUCUCUGGGCAUGCCUCUUCCUAUGCCGGACGCGCUUCGCGCUCCCAACGCCUGUCCUCGACGCGUCAUCUGCCCCGCACGGAACCAAAAGCUCGACGGAGGCAGUGCUCGAGAUCUCGGUGGCAGAGGCACCCGCCCGUCACGCGCCUGUCACGAUUUACAGAUGAGAGGGGAUGAGUCACGCCUAGUCCGCGUCUCUUGCCACAGCCUUUUGCUUUGCAAGCCUGUUGAGGGCGCCCCUUCUGACCGCCGCGCGUCUCCCGAUGUUCUCGUAUCGGCCUGCUUGCCUGCCAAGCACAUCUGCAUCCCCGCGAGUCCGGAGAGUUGCUUACUAGCUUACAGUACGCCGAUAGUCGCAAGCAGCUAUUGUACUCUGCGCAUCGGGACCCCCAUCGCUCGGCCAUCGACGGUGGUACCAGCCCCCCUCCAUCGACCAUUCAAUCACAUAAUGUAAAUCGAUAUCACAUGCGAUAAGCCUUUUCCUCCGCGGGACCCCUACAAAGUCUCCCAUGGACCCCUCCCAGGACGACCGUCUGAGAUGCCGGACCGUCGUCACACGCAUUGGCAAGGUCACACGAGCCGCUGGUCA